AUGGCCUCGUCUGUGCGCUUCACCGUCACGCCGACCAAAGCCGAGGACCUGCCGGACACGUCUCCAGACAUCAGCUCGCGCUCCAGCGGCAGGGUCCGCUUCGGCUCCAGGGAGAGCGUGAUCCGCAGCGAGGCGUCCGGAGGGGUCACGACCUCGGCGGGGGCCGACACGGCGCGGGAAGCCAUGGCCUCGUCUGUGCGCUUCACCGUCACGCCGACCAAAGCCGAGGACCUGCCGGACACGUCUCCAGACAUCAGCUCGCGCUCUGUUCCAAAUUCCGGUGAUGGUGGUGUGAAGCUGUCCAGCGUUUACAUCAAUAACUCUCACGCCAUUGAUGACGAUGAUUUCUACGACAGGAAUCUGGCUCUGUUUGAGGAGGAGAUGGACACUCGUCCCAAAGUGUCGUCUCUGCUCAAUCGUCUGGCGAACUACACAAACCUCAUGCAGGGAGCUAAAGAGCACGAGGAGGCCGAGAGCAUUGGCGAGAAGCGCAAGUGCAGCAAGUCUCCUCAGAUGGGCACCUUCAUGGGCGUGUAUCUGCCGUGCCUGCAGAACAUCUUCGGCGUGAUUCUCUUCCUCAGACUGACGUGGGUCGUCGGUACGGCCGGAGUCCUGCAGGCGCUGUGUAUCGUCUUCAUCUGCUGCUGCUGCACGCUGCUGACUGCGAUAUCAAUGAGUGCCAUCGCUACUAAUGGAGUCGUGCCAGCGGGCGGCUCGUACUUCAUGAUCUCCCGUUCGCUGGGGCCCGAGUUCGGCGGGGCCGUGGGCUCCUGCUUCUAUCUGGGCACGACCUUCGCCGGCUCCAUGUACAUCCUCGGGGCCGUCGAGAUCCUGCUGAUGUAUAUCGCUCCAAGUUCUGCCAUCUUCGUCUCGGAGAGUCCUGACGACGAGGCGGCGGCCAUGCUGAACAACAUGCGCGUCUACGGCUCCAUCUUCCUAGUGCUGAUGUCGCUGCUGGUGUUCGUGGGAGUCAAAUACGUCAACAAGCUGGCGUCUGUGUUUCUGGCCUGUGUGAUCGUGUCCAUCCUCUCUAUCUACACCGGAGCGCUGGUGUCCGUCUUCAGCCCGCCAUCCUUCCCACUGCUGAUCGGGAUCUUCUUCCCCUCCGUCACCGGAAUCAUGGCGGGAUCGAACCGCUCUGGAGAUCUGAAGGACGCCCAGCGCUCCAUUCCCAUCGGCACCAUUUUGGCCAUCCUCACCACCUCACUCGUCUAUCUGAGCUGUGUGCUGCUGUUUGGAUCCUGUGUGGAGGGCGUGGUUCUGCGAGACAAGUUCGGAGACUCGGUGAAGGGCAAUCUGGUGGUCGGGACGCUCUCAUGGCCCUCCCCCUGGGUGAUCGUGAUUGGCUCAUUUUUCUCCACGUGUGGCGCGGGCCUCCAAUCGCUGACCGGAGCUCCUCGCCUGCUGCAGGCCAUCGCUAAAGACAACAUCAUCCCCUUCCUGAGGGUCAGACGCGUUCACGCUCACCCAGAGACCUACAUUUACAUUUAUUCAUUUAGCAGACGCUUUUAUCCAAAGCGACUUACAAUUGAGGAAAACAACAAGAGAUUCAUCACAGAAAAGUGCUCGCAAUAUAACGUUUCAGACAUCGUUCAGAUUAAGACAAGUGUGUGUGUGUUCAGGGCGGAGAAGGAGUGGGGUGAUGGGAUCAGAGGUCUGUCUCUCAGCGCGGCUCGGUUCGCUCUGCUCCGGCUGGAGGAAGGUCCACCGCACACAAAGAACUGGAGGCCCCAGCUGCUGGUGUUAUUGAAGCUGGAUGAAGACGCUCACGUCAAAUCUCCGCGUCUGCUGACGUUCGCCUCUCAGCUCAAAGCGGGGAAGGGUUUGACCAUCGUGGGAACCGUCAUCCCGGGAAACUUCUUGCAGACCUACGGCGAGGCUCUGGCGGCCGAGCAGACGCUCAAGCAUCUGAUGGAGAAGGAGCGCGUGAAGGGCUUCGUCCAGUGCAUCGUGACGCAGAAGCCGCGCGAGGGCAUCAGUCACAUGAUCCAGUCCAGCGGUUUGGGCGGCAUGCGGCACAACACUGUGGUCAUGGGCUGGCCGGACGCCUGGAGACAGAGCGAAGACCCGCAGAGCUGGAAGACCUUCAUCAACACGGUCCGCGUCACCACCACGGCUCAUCUGGCUCUGCUGGUGCCCAAGAACAUCUCUCUGUUCCCCAGCAACAGCGAGCCGUGUGCAGACGGCUUCAUCGACGUGUGGUGGAUCGUGCACGACGGCGGGAUGCUGAUGCUGCUGCCCUUCCUGCUGCGCCAGCACAAGGUGUGGCGGAAGUGCUCCAUGCGGAUCUUCACCGUGGCUCAGAUGGAAGACAACUCCAUCCAGAUGAAGAAGGAUCUGGCCACGUUCCUCUAUCACCUGCGCAUCGAUGCCUACGUGGAGGUCGUGGAGAUGCAUGACAGCGACAUCAGCGCGUACACGUACGAGCGCACCCUGAUGAUGGAGCAGAGGUCACAGAUGCUGCGGCAGAUGCGCCUCUCGAAGUCCGACCGCGAGAAAGAGUCUGUCUGUUCGGCGCGUCUGCAGGCGCAGCUGGUCAAAGACAGGAACUCAAUGCUGCGUCUGACCAGCAUCGGCUCGGACGAGGACGACGACACGGACGCUCCCGGCGCAGGAGACCGCAGCGCAGAGUACCGGCGAGUCCACAUGACCUGGACCAAAGACAAGGCCCUGCAGCUGCGGAGCAACACACAAACACACACAGCCUCGUGCUGCAGCACUCCGGAGGGCUUCAGAGACAUGCUCAACAUCCGGCCAGAUCAGUCCAACGUGCGGCGGAUGCACACCGCUGUUAAACUCAACGAGGUGAUCGUCAACAAAUCCCAUGAUGCCCGGCUGGUGCUGCUCAACAUGCCCGGUGUUAUCUGCUAUUUUUAUCACCUGAAGUAA